AUGGCCGCAGCAUUGGAUCAGGACGAGGUACUGCGCGGUAGCGACCUGUCGCGUAUCUUUCAGCUAUGGGAGGACCACCACCAGGAGGCCGGCUACGAUCCGGAGCCGGUCGUGACACGGCUGGCCGAGCUGUUCGAGGCGGAGAUCGAAGCGUUCAUGAUGAAGGACCCCGAUCCGUUCGACGAGCGUCACCCGUCCCGUACGGAUCCGAACUGUGAGCUCGGCCGAAUGCUGAAAUCGCUGUUCCGCAAGGAUCACUUUAUGACACGGCUUGUGAACGACUAUUUACGCGACAAUUUCUUCACCCGCCAGACCGUAUCACAAAGUUCAUUCCCACUCAAUGUGGCCGCCUGCCGGCUGAUACUGGUGAUCAUGCCGGGGCUCGAUACGUCCGCCGUGUUUCAGGUCGAGUACGAUCAGCUCAUCAAGCGUCUGUACGGGUGGGCCAAAUCGAGCCCGGAACCGCUACAAAGCUACGCCACCGGACUGCUCGGUUCGGCGAUGGAAGUGCAGGAGAUAGCAGUCAGCUUUCGGGAGCAAAACAUACGCCUGUUGCCGAUCAUGCUGAACCGGUUGCACCGGCUUCAGCGUAAGCAGCUACAAGUGGUCCCCAGCGGCAACACGCCCGAACGGCCGGCAGCCGUAACAGGCGAUGCUGGUGCGAUGGCAGUCGAUGAAGUGGGCGACAGUAGUAGAGUCGAAAGCGUUCCCGAUGGACCGGGACAUGGCGAAGCAGAAGGAGCGUGUAGCAUAGAGUGGUGGUCGGGGGAACCGUUUGACCCCCCGGACGUUGCCGAGGACGCUCAUGCGCAGCCAACCGAUAGCAGAGGCCAUCGCAUUAUGAUUCCGAUCCACCCGGUAACGUCGGCCACAAGCCAGAUGCUGAUACUGCACUACCUCACACCGAUGGGAGAGUAUCAGGAGUUUUUGCCGCACGUUUUCGAGCACAACGCGAUGCAACUGAUUUUCCGCUACAUCGAGAACCUGGACGCCAAAGACACGUGUCUGGUGUUCGAGGCGCUCAAGUAUCUCGCCUCGCUGCUGUGCCACAAAAAGUUUUCCAUCGAGUUCAUUGCGAACGGCGGCCUGGAGCGGUUGCUCGACAUCCCGCGGCCCAGCCUGGCGGCGACCGGCGUUUCGAUUGCGUUCUACUAUCUCGCCUACUGCGAGGACGCGAUGGAGCGCAUCUGUUUGAUGCCGCGCGAGGUGAUCACGGAGAUGGUUUCGUACGCACUGUGGUUGCUUGGAUGUCCGCACGAUUCGGGCCGUUGCCAUGCGACGAUGUUCUUUGGGUUGAGCUGUCAGUUCAAAACGAUACUGGACGAGUUCGACAAGCAGGACGGGUUGCGCAAGCUGUACAACGUGAUAGCCGUGCUGCCGAUACUGCUGGUAUCGGAUGACUAUCAAAUGAACGACGACGAGGAAGCGGCCGAGCGGCAGGUUGUGCGGCACGUGUGUGUGGCGCUGAAAAAGUACUUUGAGAAUCACCUCUACUACAAGUACAUUCAGGUGACCCGGCAGCAGGAACCGAGCGGCACUGUGUCGCAGCCGGUGUUCAAGGCGGUCAAAAGCUCGCCGGAGGUGAUAAGCCAACAGAUCCUGACGCUACAGGAGCUACUGCCGGUCAAGGCGCACUGGCCACCGGCGGAUGAGUUCCUCGAGCUUGGUGGCGUGUGCCUAUUGCUGCGUAUCGUGGCGAUGACCUACGAAUCGAACUACAGUGGACGCGGUGACACCGUGAGGUACGCGCUGGACGUGCUGAACGUUUGCUGUGUGAUUCCCCGCGUCCACCAUGUGUUCUGCGAGCAAAUCGACUUUCCGGAUGAGGGAUCAGCGGCGGGCAUUCACAUCGUGUUGGGCGCCGCCGAGGGAGAGAUCGUACCGGAUGCUGAGGUGCAAAAGUCCGCCCUUGCACUGCUAGUCCACAUGGUGUGUGCACCGAUCCACCGACCGAGCGGCUCGGUGGCACGGUUCGGUUCGGCCAAGAAGCGGAUGCCAAACAAAAUCUCCGAGGAACUGAUCCAGAAGGUUUGGGAGAGCGUGCGCACGAACAACGGUAUCAUCGUGCUGCUGUCGCUGAUGUGCGUCAAGACGCCGAUCACGGACGCGGACCGUAUCCGUGGGAUGGCCUGCCGCGCGUUGGCCGGUCUGGCGCGCUCCGAAACCGUCCGUCAGAUCGUCGGCAAGUUGCCGCUCUUUGUGAACGGCCAGCUGCAAAGCCUAAUGCGUGAUCCGAUCCUGCAGGAGAAGCGUGUCGAGCACGUUCAGUUCCAGAAGUACGCACUGGAGCUGUUGGAGCGGGUGUCGGGAAAAGCGGAACCCUUCAACAGUCAGCUCGACACGUCGCUCGCCGAUAUCCACAAAGCGAACGUGGUGGCGCAAACGCGCAUUCAGUUUAACGAGCAACAGCUUUACCAGCUCAUUCACCAGCACUUGACGGUGCGCGGUUUGAAAGAAACGGCCAGCACGCUGCUCAAAGAGACCGGCAUCAGCCCGUCGGCGCUACCGCCCCAUCCGGCCCAAAAUCCCAUUUCGGUGAUCCCGCGUUCGGUUGGGCUGCACUCGCCGUUCGUGUUCCGGUCGCCCAACACCAGCAUCAUCCAGCGAUCGCGUAUCCGUAGCCGGCACAUCGAUUCCUCGUUCAAUGCUUCGACCACACAGGCUAACCUUCAGGCGGCCCUGGCCGCGGCCAGCAUCGAAACGCCAAACAAUGGCUCCGUCGCCGACGGUGAGGCACCAGAUGUCGGUGCCAGUGGGUCGAGCAACGGCAGCAAUCAACAGCCGCAGAUUGACUUCACCGAGCCGUUGCCGAUCAAGCUGAUCAAGAAAAGUAGUAGCCAGCAAACGGGGGUAAUAGGCAGCCAUAGCAAUGGGACAGUGGCCAGUGCUGUCGCCACUCCGUUCUCGGUGGCGACCGGUGACACGAGCCGCGGUUCAGCGGCCUCGAGUUCAUCGACGCAGCGUUCGCUGCAGAAACAAAUCUCUUCCAGUGAUGCGACGAACUUUCUGCUGCACGCCACCACCGCUGCCAAAGUGCUACCCAGCGAACCGUCGGCCACGACGAGCAAUGUCACGCUGCACACGAUCAUCACCGAGUACCUUACGAACCAGCACGCGCUCUGCAAGCAUCCGAUGUCCACCUGUCCACCGUUCGAUCUGUUCGUCCCACACAAGUGUCCCGAUCCGCGGCCACACCGAUCGACGGGGGUGAGCAAUAACUUUGCCGCCCGUCUGUACCGUCAGCAGGCGGGUUACGCUUCACGGCGCUUCGAUCGCCGGCUGGUACAUUCGAACUUUUCCACCUCGCGCGUCCUCCGUACGCCCGAGAUCGAUUACUUCUUUACGUCCUGUGAUUUUACGCCUUGCGGUAAUAAGAUAAUAGUCGGUUCGCAAACGGGCGAGGUGAAGAUCUUCAACCUAAACGACAGCAACGAGGAGUACAGCUACAGUUGCCACGAGUCGAGCGUCGUGUCGACCAAGUGCAGCAAGGACGGCACGCUGCUCCUGACGUCCGCCUCCUGGCGGUACCCGAUGUCGGCGCUGUGGAACAUCGAGGGCAACCGGUUCACGCAGAAGCUGCAGUGGGAGGAAGAGGAGUACUUUGAGUUUGCCAACACCACCCAGGACCGGGUACUGGCCACCACGAAUGAGAUUGCGACCAUCUACGACAUCAACACGGGCCAGAAGCUGAUGAAGCUCGAGCCGGCCAUCUGCAAUCAGUACACGAAAAACCGUGCCACUUUCUGUCCAACGGAUGAGCUGAUCCUCUCGGAUGGUGUGCUGUGGGACGUGACGUCCGGCAAGGAGAUCCGCAAGUUCGAUAAGCUCAACCAAACCAUCUCGGGCGUGUUUCACCCGAACGGGCUCGAGAUCGUGGCCAACACGGAGGUGUGGGAUCUGCGCACCUUCCACCUGCUCCGGACGGUGGUGUCGCUCGACCAGUCGCACGUCAAAUUUUCGCCCCAGAACGUCAUGUACGGCAUCAAGCUGGAGAACUCGGAAGAGAUGGAGGGCGGCGCGUACGAAACGAGCUUCAAGGUGCUGGACAGCUACGACUACUCGAGCAUCUCGACCGUCGACGUGAAGCGCAACAUCUACGACCUGGCCGUCAACGGAUACGGGAGCCAGAUUGCCGUCAUCGAGAACCAGGGUAACCACAGUACCGGCGCGAUCCUGGAGACGGUCGUGCGGAUCUACAGCGUCGGGCGGAAGAAGAACACCGGCGACGAUCAGGACGAGGAGGACGAGGAGGUGGAAAACUCCGAGGACAACUCGAUCUCGGAAACGGAGUCAGUCGGUUCUUCCACAUCGAGCAGCGGCGACGAAGAGGACGACGAGGAUGAUAACGAUGACGACAACGAUGACGAUGAUGGCGACAACAACAACGAUGAGACCGAUUCCGACGAUGGCGGUGGGGGCGAUUCCGAUGACUCGUCCUGGACCACUGCAUCGGAUAUGGAUGACUUUUUUUCAGGCUUCCCGCGCUAGCGCCAUCCGCCAUAUGUGCGCCGCCGUUUUGAGUAUCGUUUCGGUCACAGUUUGUAAUCGAGCCCAAGCGCAAGCCGAGAGAAAGUUGUAAAUCAAACCCAACUGCUAGCCGAUAAUGAGUGCCGAAGGAGAAGCAAAGGUAGCACGUGAACCGUUCCGUAACGUUCUUAUUUUGAGUCGUAUGUGUCAGUAGCUUUAGCACGGCCGGAUAGAGACCCGGAGCACCUCCCGAGGCUUAAAGACUCGCUCGUGUGUCGCGUGAAAAUAAUCUGUGUUUAUCCUGUGUGUAAAAAUGAACUCUGUGGAGCGUCCCCCUGAUGCCCGAUCGUGGUGGCGGUGCCUACCCGGCUGUUACGUUGUUCCCCCGGCCACUGUUGCUUUUCGGUUCGUCUUGAUUGGGAACUGUACCGGCAACUAGCUUACGGAUUGGUUGUCACCAGAAAAGGACCUUAAAAAGUUGGCAAAGCGAUAUACAAACACAUGCUUCAGUGUUGGCCACGUUGCGGGUAUCAUUCAGUCCUUCAGUAGCGCCAAUAGUGGUCUCCUUUUGUGGUGCGACACGAAUUCUAAACAAAUGGCGAGUAAAUGGCACACUCACAGUUACUACUGGUGGGGACACGCGGAUUGAAGAGAGAGAAUGUUCUGUUUUAUAUUAAUGUA